ACUUUAUUAUUUUUUAGAUUUUUUUUUUCACUAGUGUGUGUGAGAGAGAGAGAGAGAGAGAGAGAGAGAGAGAGAGUAAUGAGAGAGAGUAUUGAGGCAGGCAAGUACCAUCUAAGAGCACAUAAACAGCAUUUCUCUACAAAUUCUGUCCUAACCUUUUCCUAAUUUCCCUUUGUUAUACGCAUACUUUCUGUGGCCACUUCCUAUACCCAUUAUUCUAUCCAUCUAUCUAUCUUCCCUCAACUCUUUCUCUUCUUUCAUUUCCUCAAUAAUUUACUUCAUAUUGGGGGUUUAGGGUAUUCUCAAAUUAUGCUUUUUGUUAAGGUGUGGUUUUUUGAUAUAUGGAUGCUAAAUUUGAUGGAAAAAAUAAGCAUCUGUAUGGACCAGUAGUGCCUGAGUUGAAGGGUGGUAGUGUUGGAAUGGAGAGUUCAAAGUGGGAUUUGAAUGAUUGGAGAUGGGAUGGUGAUCUUUUUACUGCUAAGCAACUGAAUUCAGUGCCAACAGAUUGUAGAAAUCGUCAACUUUUACAGGUUGAUCCUGAAGUAUCUCAAAAUGUUGAUGCUUCUAAAAAUUUGGCUUCUGGUGAAAGAAGUAGAGAAUUGGAGAAGAGAAGGAGGGAUUUUGUUGGUGAAGGGUUGGAGAUGAAUGAUGAUAUUGGUUCUCUUAAUUUGAAUCUUGGGGGUCAAGUUUACCCUAUCAUGGAAGGAGAGGAAAAAAGUGGUAAGCAAAUGAAGAUUGGUGUUACUACUUCGAAUCGUGCUGUUUGUCAGGUGGAGGAUUGUAGGGCGGAUCUUAGUAGCGCAAAGGAUUACCAUCGUCGUCACAAAGUUUGUGAUGUGCAUUCUAAGGCUAGUAAAGCGCUGGUUGGUAAUGUUAUGCAGCGAUUCUGUCAACAAUGUAGCAGGUUUCAUGUUCUUGAUGAGUUUGAUGAAGGGAAGAGAAGUUGUCGUAGGCGUCUUGCUGGCCAUAAUAAGAGGAGGAGGAAGACACAUCCUGAUGGUGCUGAAGUUAAUGGAGGUCCUCCGAAUGAAGAAAGGGGCAGUAGCUAUCUGUUGAUGAGUCUACUAAGGAUACUGUCUAAUAUGCACUCAAGUGGAGAAGAUCAUACAAGAAACGUGGAUGUCAUAUCUCGUCUGGUUGGGAACCUGACAAGUUUAGCUGGUACAUUUAACGGAAGAAAUAUAACCUCCUUAUUGGUGGGACCUCAAGAUUUAGUAAAAGCGGGGACAUCUGGAGCUGCACAGUAUAUUCCAAACUCAAAUGCAAAUGGUGCUGAACCACCAAGACCUAUUGAUUCUCGUGUUGAAAUGAGUAAUGGUCUAAUCCGUCAGGAUCCUCCCGAGUCUAGGUUACUGUGUGCGACAGUUCCUGUCAAUCAUACGACACAAAAAGGUAUACCUUUAAGCAGGGUUGGAGGAGUAGGAUGUUUAAAACCUCCUUUGGUACCACACUCGUCAAAUGUACUUCCUUCAAGGGGCAGCCUUCCACCUCGACCAGUUGGCGCAGAGACUACAGCUGGAAGAAAUGGGUUAAGUAAUAUUGACCUGAAUAGUGUAUAUGAUGACGUGGAGGAUUAUGUUGAGAACCCCACGAAUUCUCGUCCGCAUGUGGCUUUAGGGGUUGGGUCCCAUGGUCAUCCUUCACCGGUACAAUGUGAUUCUCUCAAGUCAAGUCCGCCACAGACGAGUAGAAACUCAGAUUCAACCUCUUCCCAGUCACCAUCGAGUUCUAGCGGAGAAGGGCAGAGCCGAACAGAUCGAAUUGUUUUCAAACUCUUUGGCAAGGAUCCUAGUGAUUUCCCUCUUGUUCUUCGAUCACAGAUCCUUAGCUGGUUAUCCCACAGUCCCACCGAGAUAGAGAGCUAUAUAAGACCGGGAUGUAUUGUUUUAACUAUAUGUCUCCGCCUAGAAAAUUCUGCAUGGAAUGAGCUAUGCUAUAAUCUGGGGUCCAGCUUGAGAAAGCUUCUUGCUGCAUCAAAUGAUUCUCUUUGGAGAACAGGAUGGAUAUAUACAAGAGUGCGGCACUCUGUAGCUAUUCUGUAUAAUGGUCAGGUGGUCUUAGACGUGCCAUUGCAUCUUGGAAGCCCACAAAAUUGUCAGAUUUUGUGCGUUAAACCCCUUGCUGUUUCUGCAAGUGCAGACGUAAAAUUUACUGUGAAAGGGUUAAACCUUUUCCUGUCCAGUACAAGGUUGCUCUGUGCACUUGAAGGGAAGUAUCUGGUAGAGGGUAUGUGUAAUGAUUUGAUUGAUGGUGCGGAUGCAGCUAUCGGACAUCACGAGCUUCAGAAUCUCAUUUUCUCUUGUCAUAUACCAAAUAUGACUGGAAGAGGGUUUAUUGAGGUUGAAGAUAAUGGUCUCAGCAGCUGUUCCUUUCCAUUCAUAGUUGCCGAGCCUGAAGUUUGUUCCGAGAUAUGUAAUCUGGAGACCGUCAUUGAAGCAGCAGAGACUGCUGAUGAUGUCCAGAUCAAAGCCAAAUUAAUGGAAGAAAAGACUCGAGCAAUGAAUUUCGUACAAGAAAUGGGUUGGCUCCUUCAUAGAAUUCGUGUGAAAUUUAGGCUAGGGUCAAUGGCACCUGUUCAAGAUCCCUUCCACUUUAAUCGCUAUUCAUGGCUUGUCGGCUUCUCUAUGGACCACGAUUGGUGCGCCGUGAUGAAAAAACUCUUGGGCAUUAUCUUUGAGGGUGAAGUUGAUACUGGAGAACAUACCUCGGCAGAGCUUGCGUUGUUAAACAUGGGUCUUCUUCACAAAGCUGUAAAGAGAAAUUGCAGGCCUAUGGUGGAACUACUGUUAAACUUUGUGCCAGUUAAUGCGUCAGAUGGUGGAGACAGUAAAGAGAUGCUACUCAACAAGUCGCCUGACAGAUUCCUGUUUAGACCUGAUACUGUUGGGCCUGCUGGGUUGACUCCCCUUCAUAUUGCAGCAAGUAUGAAUGGCUAUGAGAAUGUAUUGGAUGCGUUAAUUGAUGAUCCGGGAAAGGUAGGAAUUGAGGCAUGGAAAAGUGCUAAAGACAACACAGGUUUGACACCCAAUGACUAUGCAUCCCUUAAGGGCCACUACUCCUACAUUCAACUUGUGCAGAGGAAAACAAGCAAAAACGACCAAACACAUGUCCUUGACAUUCCUGGCACCCUUGUAGACGGAAACACGAAGAAACAAUCAGACGUGCAUAAGUCGUCAAAAGUUUUAAGUUUCCAUACAGAGAAGAUUGCAACAACAGCAAUGCCAAAUCAUUGUGGGCUAUGCCAACAGAAGUUGGCCCACAGCAGCAGCGGCGGUAUGAGGAGGGCACUUGUUUAUAGGCCGGCGAUGCUUUCAAUGGUUGCAAUUGCAGCUGUUUGUGUCUGUGUGGCUUUGCUCUUCAAAAGCUCGCCGAGAGUUUACUAUGUUUUCCAGCCUUUCAGCUGGGAAUCAUUGGACUAUGGUUCGAUAUAAUGUUUUAUGUAAGACUGUCCUUGCACUAGACCUGCUUUUUUUCUUCUUGGUUCUUGGUAUAUAUAUAUACAUGAAUUAUUGUUUUUGUAGUUGUCAUCCAAAAAUAAUCUUCACACUGUUAUUAGGUCAUAUAUUAUAUGCAAUGGCAUUGUUGUAGUAAGCCUAAGAUAUCUUGUAUUAGCAAUAAAUGUAAAAAGUUAUUACAAGUGAGUAUUCUUUAAUCUAUCUUGUAUUAGCAAUAGAUAAGGUACUAGUGAUGAGUGAAUUAUACAA